AUGCCUGAGGUGGCACUCGUCAUAGAACCUCACGGAGGUCCCGACCCCGACCCGGGCCCCGAGGAGCAGGAGCAGCUGCCGUACCCGGAUCUGGCCCCGGUGGUGUUUUUUGACUUCUUUUUGACCGAAGAUUACCUCGGCCUCCACCUACAGGUGCUCGGGCCGUUCCGACUGAUCAGCAGAGUAGCGAGUAUGCAUGACAUCGUGUCAGUGCUCCUGGUCAUCUUCCCCAUGCUGGCUAACGUGCUCUUCCUCUACAUGUUUGUCAUGCACAUCUUCGGGGUGAUAGGGGUCCAGCUGUGGGCGGGGCGUCUGCACAACCGCUGCUUCCUGGGAGAGGACCCCGCCGCGAUGUACAACGUCUCCUUAAGCCCGUACUACGUCACCAAGUACGGUGAGCUCCAACCGUUCCUCUGUUCCCCCGAGGACAUGAGCGGCCUUCACUGCGCCGAGGUGCCGCCCUUCAGAGAGAACGAGCAGGUCUGCUCCGUGGCCCCCGCCGCGUCGAGCGUGUUUGGCCUCACGGGGGCCGGCACCAAUGCCUGCGUCAACUGGAACGUGCUCUACAACGUCUGUCUGGCUGGGGCCCAGAACCCCAACGACGGGGCCACCAACUUUGAUAACAUCGGCUACGCCUGGAUAAGCAUAUUCCAGGUCGUCACACUGGAAGGAUGGUCAAACAUCAUGUUUUAUGUCAUGAACGUGUAUUCCUCCUGGAGUGUCUUCUAUUUCAUAUUCGUUGCCAUUAUGGGCUCCUUCAUCAUGAUGAACGUGUGCGUCGUCGUCAUCGCCACCCAGUACUCGGACAACCUGGAGCGCUUGAGAAGCCAGCGAACCGUGAGGGAGGAUAGCGCCGCGCUACUCGAGUGGCUCCGCCCCAAGUGGACCGGCUGCCUGGCGGCCAUCAGGCGGCGUGCAUCCAACAGGGUGCGGCACCAUGACCCCGACAGCAGGGCGGACGACUCCACGGUUGGAGGUCACAUUUGGAGACAGCUCACGACGAGACUCGAGAAAGUCAUCAAAAGUAAAAUCUUCAACCGGCUGAUCAUGUCGGCUGUUGUCCUCAGCAUCCUCACCCUGGCCAUCGAGCAUCAUGACCAGCCGAACGAGUUGACCAACAUGUUGCAGAUCAGUGACAUCGCCUUCACCGUGAUCUUCGUGGCGGAGAUGCUCUUGAAGGUGAUGGGUCUCAAUUGGGCGUACUUCCAGGACCGAAACAACUUGUUUGACUUUGUCAUCGUCAUCAUCAGUCUCUGGGAGACGACAACAAAAGCAGACGGCAGGUUGUCGGUCCUGCGAGCUUUCCGCCUGCUGAGGUUUGGGAGGCUGCUCCACUACCUCCCUUACCUGAGGACACAGCUGCUGGUGCUGAAGAAGGCCAUGCAGGACGCCGCUUCGCUCUGCAUGCUCAUGCUUUUCGUCAUCUUCAUUUUCAGUCUCCUGGGCAUGCAUCUGUUCGGUCAUAGGUCGGAUACACUGAAAGAAAUCAGGGACAGAAAGUACUUUGACACGCUCCUCUGGUCCAUGGUCACCGUGUUCCAGAUUCUGACUGGGGAGGACUGGAACAGGGUGCUGUACACCACCAUGGCGGCCACCUCUCCGUGGGCCUUCAUCUACUUUGUAGCGGUCAUCGUGACGGGAAAGCACGUCCUUCUCAACAUCCUCGUGGGUAUUGUGCUUCAGGGCUUCCAAGACAGGCGGACACUUCGCGAGGACCACGCCUCCGUGACCUCGCCCCCGACCCCCGAGGACGGUUCCGCUGAUGCAAACGGGGAUGAGGAAAACCGAACGCUUGCCGAGAGCCCCGCCUCCGUGACCCCGUCCCCGACCCUUGAGGACGGCUCUGCGGAUGCAAACGGCGACGAGGAGAACAGACCUCAGAACCGAAUCCAGGCGGCGCUGCGUUGGUGCAAAAAGCGCAAGGAGUGGUCAUUGUACGCGCUGUCUCCCCAGAACAGGUUCCGCCUCUUUUGCAAGAGUGUGACGUCUCACAAUUCUUUCGAAUACACAGUUCUGAUCUUCAUCCUUUUGAACUGUGUCACCAUUGCAAUGGAGAGGCCUGGAAUAGAGGCUGCAAGCAAGGAGCGAAUGUUCCUGACCAUCUCUGGUUACAUCUUCUCUGCAGUCUUCAUGGUAGAGAUGAUUUUUAAGGUCCUCACCCUCGGCCUGUUCUUUGGGAGCGGGAGCUACUGCCGCUCCGCCUGGAACGUCAUGGACGGCUCGCUGGUGGUGGCCUCCUUGGUCGACGUCGUCGUCUUGCUGAGCCCUGCGAGCAACAGCAAAAUGCUGGGCAUCCUCAAAGUGCUGCGCCUGCUGCGCACACUGCGCCCGCUGCGGGUGAUCAAUCGAGCCCCAAAGCUGAAGCUGGCGGUGGAGGCUUUGAUCACCGCCCUGAAGCCCGUCGGGAACAUCUUGCUCAUGUGCUGCGCCUUCAUCUUUUUCUACGCGAUCCUCGGUUUGCAGCUGUUCAAGGGGAAGUUCUACAGCUGCAGUGGCGAGUACAUCGAUGACGUCGCCAACAAGGCGGACUGUCUGUCGGCCGACUACCGCUGGGAGCAAAAGGAUUUCAACUUUGACAACUUGCCGCAGGCUCUGAUGUCGCUGUUCGUGAUGUACUCCAAGGACGGCUGGGUGAGCCUCAUGUACGACGGACUGGACGCCGUUGGGGUGGACCAACAGCCUGUGACCAACAACAACGAGUGGAUGCUCCUUUUCUUCAUCUCCUUCAUGAUCGUGAGCUUCUUCUUGCUCGACAUGUUCAUCGGCGUGAUGGUGGACACCUUCCACGACUGCCAGAAGCGACAAAAGAAACUGGCCGAGGAGGCGAGGGACCGCCCCCGGCGCAGCGCAGGUGAGCAGCGUGGGGAUAGAAAAGGGGGUCGCGGGGCAGCGGACACGCCGUUCCAGGCGUCCUACUCCCGCACGCGUCUGUUCAUCCACACCCUGUGCACCAACGAGCAGCUGGACCUCCUCAUGGCCGCCCUGAUCUUCAUCAGUGUUCUGAUCAUGGCCGUCGAGCACUACCAGCAGCCUCUGUACAUACUGAGGCUGACCGAGUACUCCCACUACGUGUUCACCUCCAUCCUGGCGAUCGAAGUCCUGCUGAAGCUCGUGGCGUUUGGCGGGCUCCGCUUCCUGCGAAACAGUUGGAACCUCACGGACCUCGUGGUCGUCUCGUUAUCCCUCGUGAGCAUCGUUUUAAGCGCGGUGAGGGUGUCGCGGCACGUUCCCGUGAACCCCACCAUCUUGAGAGUCUUCAGGGUGCUGAGGCUGGCUCAAGUCGUGAAGGCCAAAAAGAUUCGGGUCCUGCUGACAACGAUCAUCAAAACGCUGUUGCAGGUUGGAAACAUUUGUCUCCUCUUCCUGUUCUUCUUUUCCAUCUACGCGACGCUGGGAGUGGAGUUGUUUGGCCAUCUAGAAUGCGCCGAGGACGACCUGUGCCUCGGGUUAAACGAGUACGUCAACUUCAAGCACUUCGGCAUGGCCCUGUUCACCCUCUUCCUGCUGUGCACCGGGGACAACUGGAGCGUGAUCAUGAUGGACACCUUGAAGCAGUGCCGUCUUGGAGAGUGUGCGCACUACCUCGUGUGGGUGUCUUCGAUAUACUUCAUCACCUUUGUGGUCAUCGCCCAGUUCGUGCUCGCCAACCUCGUGGUGGCCGUCAUCGUCCAAGCUAUGGAGGACAGCAACAAGGAUGAAGGAUUGUCUGCGGCUAAUCUCGUUGUCUCAGGAACUUCUGAUCCAGUUCAUUGAUUUUAACCCCUAACGGUCCUUUUGAAAGCAGUUCUUUAUUUUAAUGAGUAUACUUUAUUGAUUUAACUGCAUCAUUUCAAUGUUUUGAUCAUUUUUACAUAUUUCCUGAGUGAUAAAUGAUAAAUGUAUAUAUUUCUGCAUCUGUUUUUCAGUGACUUGGUUCUUUUGAAAGCAGUUGUUUUAUUCUAAUAGAAAGAAUUCUUAAUUUAACUGCUAUUUUAAUGUUUUAAAACAUGUGUUUAUUUCUUCAUGUAUUUUAUGUCUAAGGUUCCUUUCGAAAGCAGUUGUUCUAUUCUAAAAGAACGAUUUAUUGAUUUUUCUGCUAUUCUACCACUUUAUACAUUUCUAUGUGUUUCUUCAUGUAUUUUUAUGUCUGAUGGUCCUGCAGUGGUUUUAUUCCAAUAGAGCAAUUUAUUGAUUUAACUGAUAUUUCUUAGUUUUAAGAAGUGAUAUGUAGUAAUAUAUAUUUCUACAUUUUUUUCCCCAUAGCUUGUUGGCGCUUAAGAAGUUCA